UGGGCGGGGCUUGGGGCGGGGCUCAGGGCGGCUCCCGCUGCGGCCCGGCUGCGGCAGCAGCAGCGGGGGGCUGGGGGGGGCUCGGGGCCCGGCUGGGGCGAGCCGGGUCGCGUUAUCCCGAGCCCAACCGAGCCCAACUGAGCCGGCCAUGGCCCUGCUGCGAGCCGCCCCUUUACCCACCGAGCCUGCACCCUGCUGGCUGCCCACCCACGUCCAGGUGACGGCGGUGCGGGCCCGGGGGCUGCGCUGCAAGGGCGGUGGCAGCACCGGGGGAAGCAGCAGCACCACCACCAGCAGCAGCAGCAAUAGCAGCCCAGCAGCGGGGCCCGGCGAUGUGUACGCCGUGCUGGAGCUGGGCCGGCAGCGGCACCGCACGGCCGUGGCGGAGCGGAGCGGGGGCAGCGCCGAGUGGCAGGAGGAGGGCUGCGCCCUGGAGCUGCCCCCCGAGUCCGGCUCGCCCCCCAUCCUCACCAUCACCGUGCUGCAGAGAGCCCUGCUGGGUGCCGACCGCUUCCUGGGGCGCUGCAGCCUGGCACUGCCCUGCCCGGCCCCCCCACGAGCGAGCGUGGAGCUGGGGUGGCACAAGCUCCACUCCAAGGCUGGGAAGAAGGAGAAGGAGCGGGGCGAGGUGGAAGUGAGCGUGCAGUUCACGCGCAGCAGCCUGACGGCCAGCAUGUUCGACCUGUCCGCCAAGGACAAACCGCGCUCGCCCUUCGGCAAGCUGAAGGACAAGAUGAAAGGCAAGAAGAAAUACGACCUGGAGUCGGCCUCUGCCAUCAUCCCCAGCAGCGUGGGCGCCCUCGACGUGGAGGAUGACUUCGACGUCGGGGCCAAGAAGUCCAAAAUUAAAGGGUUCCUGAAGAGCAAGCUGCGCAAAUCCUCCCUGACGCAGUCCAACACCUCGCUGGGCUCCGACAGCACCAUCUCCUCGGCCAGCCUGGGCCCGGCUGCAAACGAGGGAACCAAAUCCCCCAGCAGACACAGCAGCCUGUCCACGGAGCGCUCUGUGAGGGACUUCUUGCCGUCCCCGAGGCUGACCCACAAGAGAGCCUUCAGCGACGACGUCUCCCAGGUCAGCCCGGUCCUGGAGCCGAAAACCAUCCAAAACCUGAAGCCAAAGAGCGACCCGGUGUCCCGCUCCUCCCUCUGCAUCAACGGCAGCCACGUUUACGGCGACGAGCCCGCCCUGCACAGCCCCACGCCUGCCCCACGCAGCUCCGCGCCCCUGCCCGUGCCCGGCGGCCCCAGGAGGUCAGAGGAAGGUUUUGGCUUCGUCCCCCUGCACCCAGAGCCCCCCGAGACGCCCUGGGGGGGCUUCGAGAGGACGCAGCCGAGAGAUGAGCCUAGAUUCAUCCCGUCUCCUCCCAGCUUAGUGCUUCAGGAAGAGCUGAAGGUGUCCACCAAAGCCGUGACCCUCAGCAACCACCUGGGCAGAGCCAGGAUGGAGGAGAGCGGCCGCUCAGAGAGCAAGCCCACCCAGGCUGCGGCCCCCAUGGUGUCGUCGGCGGAGACGAGGCAGGAGAAGCAGCUGGAAGAAUCGAGGAAGGACGAGAAAAAACCCAAAGGGGGCUUCUUCCACCAUGGGGGCACCAAGAGCGAUACGGGGGGCAGAGGCCAGGGAGAGAAAACGGGAGGCUCGCCCGCGGCAGGCGAUGAGAGGAGCAGGGCCGGCGGCUGGUUCGCGUCCAAGGAGCCCAAAGAGAGCCCCCAGAAACCCAGCUCCCCGCCUGGGCCGCCUGCUUCAACAGAGGUCGCUGCUGGCAGCUUGGGUUCCUCUGCGGAUUGCAGCCCCCCUGCCUCCCUCCGCCUCCCGGACCCGCUGAGGGAUCCUCCAGCCCCAAACGUUGGCGUCCCCGUGCCCGAAACCGCUCCCCCGCCGCACGGAGACCUUCCUCCUCCGGCCGAGCAAGCCGCCACCGCUCCUCUUCCUCCUCCUCUUCCUCCUCUCUCCGAGUGGGACGCCACCUUCGAGGCUUUUGCCAGCAGCAGGCUCAACCCGGAGGCGAAGGAGGAAAACCUCUCGGCUCCAGCGUUGGCGGAGGGCAUCGCCUUCAUCGAUGAUCCUGAGGGGAUGAGCCCCGCGGGGGGAUCGGCCGAGAAGGGGGCGAAGGCGUUGGAGAAGCCGCAGGUCGGCGGCGAGGUGGCCCCGGCGCUGAUGCCUUGGACGAAUUUCUCCGGGUUGGACGUGGGGGCCAACCUGGUGAGCACGACGCAGGAGGCGACGGUGAUAGAGGACGUGCUGAGCCCUGUGUCCGCCGGCUCCGGGGGGAGGAGGAGGAAGAGCAGCACGCCGAUGGUUUGGGCACCCGCGUUUUCCCCUGGAAAGGAGGCUUCGGCGGCACGAAGCGCUGAAAAACGCGACGGGGAGGGCGAGGAGAAUAACGAGGAGGAAAGCUCGAGUUUGGGGGAGAACGGCUGGAUGACCAUCGCCACCGAAACCGCUUCUGAGCCCUCGGAGAGCACCCACAGCAUCGGCCAGGAGAGCGCCUUCGGGCAGCGGCCGUUCCUUGGCGAAGGUGCCUCGGAAGCGAAAAGCACCGCUGGUGCCACCACUUGCAUCCUGCCCAGAAGCAAAUUCCCCCCCGAAACCUCCUCCCAGACGCUGCCGGGGGGCAACGUGGCCGCCGUGCCCCCUCGGGUGCUCCCGGAGGGGGCUCUGAGACGCUUCCCCGAGCCGGGAAGGGACCCCCAAGGUCCCCCGGGGGGCCGGGAGGAGAUGUUUGACAUCAGGACCUCGGUGUACCGGCUGCAGGCGAGCAUGAGGCUGGAGGCCGGCGAGGGCCACCUGAGGCUCAGCUCCGACGUGCGCGAGAGGCGCCUGGUCCUGUCCCCGUGGCCGGCUGUGCGAGGGGAGCAGGAGGAAAUCGUGGUGCCCGGCUCGGAUGCGUCGCCCCCAGCGCCGCCCCCCAAACCUCCCAGGUGGUUCGCGGCCGCGGGGGGCAAAGGGGAUGAAGAGGAGGAGGAGGAGGAGGAGGGGUGUGAGAUGAAGGGGAGGCAGCAGGGCGGCGAGGGAGGUGCUGAGGGUCUGCAGGGGGACGUGGAGCUGCCCCCGAGUGGUGAGACGUCCAUCCCAGCACCUCCCAGCCUGGCUGCACCCGGAGCCGCCACCGCUGAGGCUGCUCCCGAGAUCCCAGCCCCCGGGGACGCCUCUCUGGGGACGGAGCCGUCAGAGAUGAGCGGGGAGGAUGCGGCCGAGCAGUUUGAGACGUGCCCGUCGAAGCUCUCCCUGAGGAGCUGGAGCCAGCCAGCUUCAUCCCCUCAAUCCCCGGGGCCGGGAGGUGGUGAUGAAUUGGAGACAGCCCCCGAGCAGCAGCAGUUCCCCGAGGAGCUGAGUGUUUCGGGACUCACCCCGUCUUCCAGGCUGGAUUCGGGCCAGUCUGAAGCUUUCUGGACAGCCGUGGAGGAGCAGGAGGCAGCGGGCUGGCCCCAAAGGUUAGCGCCUGGGCACAGCCCACCCCAACCCGAGCUGGAGCUGGUGGUAGGGCACGGUGCAGGGCGGCACGGGCAGGCUCGGGGCCGGCCAUCCGAGCUCCAGCGCUCAUCCGACAGCAGGAUGGACUUCAAGAAGGCUGAUUUCUGGAAGGCAGAUGGAGCAGAGGAGAGGAAUGAGCAGGAUGCUUCAGUGCCGGGCAAUCCCUUUGUCCUGGCAGCCAGCCCCAUCACCCCGAGCAACCCCUUUGUGGAAAAGCCACCAGAACCCCUCCCCGUGCGAGCCGUGCCGCCCGAAAAGCUCGGUCAAGGCUUCGGCUUCCCCCAGCUCCCCGAGGAAACCCUGCAGCCCACUAACCUCCCCGGGGAGCCUCCUUCCCUGCAUGCCAGCCAGCCCUUGGCCUUCUCCACCCCUUUCCUCGUGGCUGCCACUAACCCCGAGCCGUUCCAUUUCCCCUCCCCUGCCGCCAGCAGCCGCGCAGCAGCAGCCCAGCCCUGCCCUUGGCUGCAGUCCGGUGACACGCCAGCUUCAGCCCUCGUGGUUUUGCCCAGGGAGACACAGCCAGCUGAGAAGCCCUUUUGCCAGCAGACGACCAGCCCUCACCCGGUGAAGCCCAUCAGCGCUGUGGUGCAGGAGGAGAAGAAGCAGCAGCAGCACAAGUCCAGCCUGACGCAGGCUCUGAGCAACGGCCUGGAGAAGCUGAAGACGGUCACCACGGGCAGCAUCCAGCCCCUGGCCCCGUCGUCUCACCCGGAGAAAGCCGACCCCAAGAAGUUAAAGGAUCCCGGCGUGCUGGACCAGUCGGCCAGGUAUUACCACCUGACCCACGAUGAACUCAUCCAGCUCCUGCUGCAGAGGGAGAAGGAGCUGAGCAAGAAGGAGGAGCACAUCCAGGAACUGGAGAACUACAUUGACCAGCUGCUGGUGCGCAUCAUGGAGCAGUCUCCCACCCUCCUCCAGAUCCCCCUGGGAGGGGAAACCAAGACCAAAUAACCUCCUCGCGGAGCCCAGCAGCCCUUGCCUCGAGCACCUCCGCAAUAACCGCGCUGCAAACAUCCCUGCACUCCCCCCCUCCUCUUGCAAGAGGGCUUCUGCUCGCAGAGUGUAGCAGGAAAGGCGCUCUGCUUCACCCAGCUCCUGGGAGCUAUAGGGUGGGAGGCUGUCCUCCACCCUAUGGGGAGGAGCGGAGCCCUCCUGAGGUCCCUGCCCUCGUGGCACCUUCUCAGGCGCUCGUCCUGCCGAUGCUUUAAGUGGUCCAGGGACACUGAGAGAGCUGGAAACCACCUCGCCCUCGUCGUGUCAUGCUGCUGCUGCUCUCCCGCCUACGCUCGUCCGUGGUCCCUUCUCUGAACUGGUGUGCUCUGGCUGGUGGAGUGUUAAACCGGGGAAGAAAUCGGGGUGAAAAAACUGAGGGAGGGUCUAGGAGCGCGUCACCGUGCCCUGAGUGCGCUCAGCAGGGCAGCCAGGGCGAGGGGCUGCUGCUGGGUGCCUCUUCCCCUUCCUGCCCUGUAUGUUGUACCCCAAAACGGAGGGUGUCUGAGCAGCCAGCUCCUCCAUGGCAGUACCUGGGGGUAUUGGAGGUGGUAAAACAGCAGUGCUGGAGUCAGGGCUUGAUUCCACGUUGCUGCCUGUUUGGGAGCUGCGCUGGCUCCUUCGCUUCAUGCCACAGUCGUGGUGCAGCUCAGAAUAGGUUUGGGAGAAGGGUCAUGCACUGUCGGUGCUGGGGGAGAGCUCCUCGCACCCCGCCCAGCUCUCCACCUGCGUGUACAAACCACGGGUGAGAUUUAGGAUCAGUAUUAACCCCCCCACAUCCUGCGUCUGCGGGAAUUGCUUUCCACCGGCUGCCUCCCCCCGCCAUCCACUUGGCGUUGUCGUUAACACACCAGGAUAAUCAACGCCCUACGGACCGGAGCUGGUGUGCAAAGGCUGCCCUGGUGUGCACAGGCUGCCCUGCCACCCCCGUGCAUGACAUCCCCGCAGCUCAGGCAGCCGCCCGACACACGCCAGCACAUGCUGUGACAGCUAGCAGGCCGCUAAUCGAUGCAAAAAUCACCUUCCAGCCAGUAUUUGUCCCAAAGCAGCUAGAGUUAUAUCACAUUUACCUGCCCAGGGGAGCUUGGGCCCACCCGUAGACGUCCUAGGCCAGCUCUCUCGGGAGCUGGGUGCUUCUUGCUAGCUCGGAGUGGCCGUGGAGAGGCUCCCUGAACGCCUGGUGUAGUAGCUGUAGGUGGUGACGGUCUGAGGCUGGUCAGCAGCGCUCCUGGCAGCGCCUUUUGGUUUGGAGAUGCUGGGGAAGGGCACCGAAAAGAGGUGCUGCUCCCCCUCUGCUUGUGUUUUGGAGGAUCAGCGCGUGUGGGACUUGAGCUGUCUCCACAUGCAGGGCGUCUUUUCUCUUCUGUAGAUCUUAAAAAGGUCCUGGAUUUUUUUUUUUAACUUCAUAUUCUUUUUUUUUUUUCCUUACUUGUUUCCGUGUAUACCAGGACUGAAAAAUGGUGCCUUUCGCAAAAGAACAAUGGCAGUUUCCUACAAAAAAAAAGGCUCUGAGAUCCGAUUUCCAGCUCAGUGCAACGUGGCUCGGCCACCUUUUUGCCUGCUAAUUUGAACGAGGCGAGUUUAUUCCUAAAAGCAGUCAGCAGAGCCCUCCCGUCCCCGGGGGCUGUUCGCUUUGGUCCAGGCAGGCUGCGCAGACACCUCUGUGACAGGGGAGCUGCAGACACCAAGGGAUGAUGCUGAGGGUAGGGCACGGCAGAUAUUACAAGACAAAAUUCAGCCGCAUGAAGACAGGACUGGGUCAUGCUCGCAGCCUGAGGCUGUUGGAAGUGGGAGGCAUCAGCUUAAAGGGGAUUUGGCAGCGCUGUCGGUGUUUGGUCAUGUCUAGCUCGCCCGCCACCGUAAUAAAAGGAGGAUUUUUGAGCCUGGACCUGUCCUUGUCCCUAACAGGGAAGUCCUCUGGGGUUUUGCACCUCUCUGCCUGCAUCUUUCUCUUCCUCCAUGUGUCUAAGAUGCAGGGAGUUGCGUUUCUGGUGUAAGACGUGAGGGCCUGAGGGAAGGGGUUUCGCUCUCGUUAUAUGGAGAGCUAAAAAAGAAGCUUCGCUUUGCCUUUAUAAUCAAAAUCUCCCAUGGCCUGGGAGCAGGGUUCCCUUUCUGGGUGCCCGUGUCCUGUAGAAAAGCCUUCCCUUUCACCUGGAACCACCAGGGAGGAGCUGUGGGCAGCUGGAGUGGCAUCAGGAGAGCUGUGCAGGUCAGGGAUGCUGAAAAGUAGAAGCUCACGGCAAAGGGAUGUUAUUAGGGGACAGAAAAUUAAUUAGGGCAGAAAUCCUGCAGUGUCCACGCUGGUGCUCCCCAGGGUAACACCCGGGGCUCUUGCUCUGUGCUGAAAGGAGCAGGAAAAAGGAUUUUAGGGAGGUCGCCUGGGCCAGCCGCAGCCUUUCACUGGUUCGGUUCCAGACACAGCCAUAGCAAUAACUCCGUAUUUUGCCUUUUGCAUCCUGCUCUGUCCUUCUUUUUUUCCCCACACCCAAGUUGUUUCCACGGGUUUUCUGCAGGGUUUGCUCUCACCUGCUCUGUUCUGUCAGCCCCACAGCUGGGCGCCUUGCUUUUAAAGAAGCCGAGCGAUCUGUUUUUGUGUUUGCUGCCCCUUCGGGCCCGGAGUUUGGGCCAGAAGAGCAGCCGAGGCGUGUCCUUCAACUGGAACAAACCCGAAGGGACGUGGGUACCGAGGUGUCACGUAGGCCCAGCCUCACGACUCGUCUGUGAAGAAACAGCCACGUGUCUUAUGUUAUAAACGUGGGGUGAAGAAACAUCCCAAAACGGCCGAGAGAAGUGUCGGGGUUCGGGGAGUUGUUGAUUUUUUCCCCCGUGCUUCGUGUACGUGGGAAGCGGGUUCUGUGUGUCUCAUGUUUUAAUAGUUGCCACCGAUGUUUAUAAAGAGCUUGUUAUUUACGUUUUAAGCACUUUAAAGGAGAAAAAAAAAAAUAAUAAAAGUUGUUCAAGCUGUUCCUA